AUGUCAAACAAGAAUAACUUACCAAAACAAUCAAGUUUUUUGGAUGAAGAAUUCAUUUCAUGUGAAAAUUGUCUAAUACUUUUUGAAAAAGAUGAAACAGAACAAGAGCCACACCACGAAAAAGGGUGCCACCAUUUUUUUUGUCCCCCUUGUAUCCAGUCUCUAACCUGCUCAGACACAAGAAUUUUGACAAACUGUUCUGGAUGCAACUUUUUGGAAAAGAAGAGGGAAAAACAUAAAACUACUAGUUGGAGUGAUGUAGAUUGGUGCUCGAAUUGUAACAUAACUGCAUCUAUUGGUUGCCGUGAAGGCAAACAUGUGAUACAAAAUGCCAAUGACCUAUACACUUUAUGUUCCCAACGGAUAAAAGUUCUGAGUGAUGAAACAAACUAUGCUUGUGAGCAUACCUUAAGAGACUGUCAUAAAAUCAAAUCUGCACAUGAAGUCAUUCUAGCUUGGAUAAGCUGGCUCCAACAGAAAAUAAGUCUAUGGAAUUCAUCAAACACAGAAACCAUUGCUCAGUUGGAAUCUCUGAAAGCAACAAUGGGAUUUCAUAUGCAUCCCCAAAAAGAUGUGUCCACUACAAUCAACCAAAUAUAUCAGCUAACAACUGAAUUUCAAGACAAACUUCAAAUGGCAAGAACCACUCAAGUUAAGGUCAACAAUUUCUUUCAGACGUACAGAAACGUCCGAUGGGAAACUGCUGUAUCAGGGCAAUUUUCAAGCUCUACGGAAACGCCAUCUGAUCCGGUUAACUGGUUUAGUACCACUCUGGGCAACAGUAAUAAACCCUGUAUGGACGUCCUUUCGUUCCUUAUUCGGUUGUUAGAUAGAGAACAAGCAGUUCCUGGAAGUAUUCCUGAGCUAAGCUGUAGCAGCGAUAAAGAUGCUGUGAUAAACCAAGGCAGUCAGGCUAAAAACAAUAGUUCUAUGGGGGAAUCUGAGAAAAUAAGUGGAAAAGGUGCAGCACGUCCAUCUUGUCAAGAUAUUCAGCGGACCAAUAAACGGCGGUUGGACGAGGCUCCAGGAUCCAGUACACCAUUUAGCAAGAAGGUUCGGUUGCAGAGUCCAGACCGAGUAGACAACAAACAUAAUCGGGAUGACCUUAUUUUCUACGGCACAGACGGUAACGCAGUUAAUCUUACCCUUAAAGCAAAAACGGAUCUGCAAGUGGCCUCAGUUAAUGAAACGUUUUUUCAAAUCAUACGUACAAAGCUUCAAAGCGCAGAAAAUAAGCUGAAGAUCAUGGAAGAAAAAGUGGCGGUCUUAACCAAAGAAAAGGCUUGCCAGUCAGAAGGGACGACAAAUCGAAUCGUACGAUUCGAAACCGAUCUAAUGCUCGCAGUUGAAAAAGUUGAAUUGGCUGAGGACUCUGAAACAAUAGCACAUAAAGAAUCACCGAUUAUAUUUAAACAUACAAAAGAAACUCGAGAAAAGUAUGCCAUGGUGUUGGUUCUAAGCACCACGGACGUUGAGCAGCUGCGCGCUGUCCGUAAGCAACUAGAAACGAGUCGGUCUGAACUAGCGAUCAUCUUGCAUGAACGAACAAAUCAAGCAACACCUGGAGAAAUUGCAGAGCCUAAAGUUGUUGGAGGCUUGGCCGAAAAGCGAUGCAAUCAACUUCAGAAGCAAGUGGAAGAGAUGAAGGAGGCGUUUGGAAAUUCGGCCAGACAAUUAACUGAAGUUCAGAAGUCAAACGCCGAUUUGAUGUCGGUUCAAGCUCAGCUGCAGGAAGAAGUUCGCAAAGCAAGAAAGGAAUCGCAAAAAUUACAGUCAAAAAUGAUUGCAGCUGCUGCCAACCAUGCUGAGGAGCUAAACCGAUAUCGCAAGUAUAAGACCCAGUUCGACGGGCUUAAAGCCGAGUUCGAAAAGCUGGUCACUGAGAAGGUAACAUCUGUUGCAGUUCCUGUCGUGGCUGACAAUAAAGAAAAGCAGCACUUGAUUAUUGCCAGAAAUGAGCAAGUUAAGCAAUACAAUCAAAAUGAGGAUAUCUCACGUAAAAUAGAUCGUCUACUCUCUCCAUCAAGAGAUCAACGUAGAUUCGCAGGAAGUCCAAUGCAAUCUGCCGUGCAAAUUUGGGAACAGGCGACAGUUGUACCGCAGACGGAACCACGAAAAGGUGUCCUGUCACAAGUUGUGCCAAACGCAAUAACGCAUCAGAAGAAUAAGCAGUUGCAAGUGUGGAAUUUCAACGCGAUAGCGUCAUACAUCUUAACAGAAUUGCAUUGCCAAGGAACCGACUUGCGCUAUGACGUUUGCACAAUUUGCAAAUCGAAGGUGGAGACGCGAUUCCACUGCGCCAAAUGUGAAUAUUUCAUUUUGUGCAUCCCGUGCUAUCAAAAGGGUAGACAUCAUCAUAAGAUGGAGAUCUUGGGAUUCGACCUAGACAUCCAGGAACCACCAGAAGGUUGUAGGGAUAUCAAAGAAGCUCGAAAAUCAAAAAUCGAUCGUCGUAUCAGUUCGCUUCUUCACUCUUUUCAGUGCUGUGUUGCUAAUUGCCGUGAACCUUAUUGUAAAUCGAUGAAGCUGAUUAUUAGUCACAACCUUUCGUGUAAAUUGAAAGCGGCCAAGUCCAUAACGGAAAUCAGCCUUGAUUCAAGGAGUAGCUGCCCAACCUGCGCAGAGCUCGUCGCUCUCAUUAUCUACCACGCAAAACUCUGCACCAAUCCGAUUUGCAUCGUGCCUCAUUGCUCUAGCGCAAAGAAGAAGAUCAAGAAUUUUCAGAAUAAGCUGCUGAUAAUUCAAAAAGCAGAAAGAGAAAAGCACAAUAAGGAGCCAUCAUCCCAGCCGAUGUCACCUUUCAUCCAGCACAACGUAAAUCCAGCUUUAAUUGCGGUGCCAUCGACAGAGAGUUUAAACUGGAAUCAGCUGCAGAAGCCCGAGACACCAAACGUGGUAAUGGACGUUGGUUGGGGAGCCGCUCCGCCUGUUGCGCCCGUGGCACCAUAUGUUGCAGGAUCGACUGGUGUUACCAAAACUGGUACAAUCCGUCCUACUCUUACCGAUGCCGAAAAACGAAAUAUAGUCCGAGAAAACAUAAUAUUGAUUCUCCAUGCUCACGAAUGCCAAUAUGGGAGGAACCAGCGUUACCAGUGCCCCAUUCCACACUGCCAGGCUAUGAAGGAUGUUUUGCACCACGUGAGGACAUGUGAAAGCGUAAAACCGUGCGUACCUCAUUGCCGGUCGUCACGCAUAAUAAUCCACCAUUUGAAAAACUGUCGCCGCGGUGAUUGCCUGUAUUGUUUAGCUAUGUCGGAAGCAGAUCGAUAUAAUGCUAUCACAGGCCCUAAUCCGAUCGUUAUUGCAUCGGAACCACCAAAGUCGAACAUGUGCAAUGCUACUGAAAGAGUUCGGAAUCUUGGCCGGGUUACGAACUGCUCUCCGGGUCCGUCCGAUCACUUCAGCAGCAGAAUUCUGUAGCGUUUACGAACUGUGCAAGUCUCCAGAUUCAGAAAAGUAUGAAAUCUUGUUAAUCAUUAGUUACAAAAGUAAGUUAUGGCUAAGUACCUAAUCGUACAAUUUUGCAUAACGAAUAAAAUUGUAUUCAAACCGGA